AUGAUGGAUCCGCCCGUGCCUGCAUUCCGUCCAGUUGGCUUGAACCAGCGCUGUGGAAUUCAGGCGUUUGAAGGGCGUCCACGUUUGGGACUUUCAGAACGUGCUACAGCGGGGCAGGUUUUCUCCACCAAAACCCAUGCCGUGCUUGUGCCAAUUGCAUUAUUGACAUCUGCCAGGCAUUUUGGUCGGCACAAACGGCGUGUAUCCAUGCAUGCAGGAAACUCAGCUGGCCAACGAGUUGUUGUGACUGGCAUGGGUGUUGUUAGUCCUUUCGGCACGGACAAAGAGGACUUUUACGAAAAUUUACUUGAUGGUAAAUCAGCCAUCAAACGCAUUACAAAAUUUGAUCCGGAGGGCCUCAGCACGCAGAUAGCUGCGCAGAUCGCUGACUUUAAGGCCAUAGGAUAUGUGGACAAAAAGAGCGAGCGCCGAAUGGACGAUGUGGUGAAGUUCACUAUUGUCAGUGGCAAGAAGGCCUUGGAGGAUGCUGGCCUAGCGCAAGGCUCCGAUGCUUUUGAAGAAUUGCAGAAAGAGAGGUGUGGGAUUCUGAUUGGAUCUGCCAUGGGUGGAACUUCUCUGCAGACUUCCAUGGAGAAUAUGGACAAGUUGCUGAAGGGGAAGAAGGUCUCGCCAUUCUUUGUUCCGUACACUUUGGUCAAUGUUCCGGGUGGUCUUCUUGCUAUUGAUCUCGGAUUUCAAGGACCCAAUUAUGCGGUGGUCACGGCGUGUGCUACUGGAAAUUAUUGCAUUUCUUCUGCUGCUUCCCAUAUUGAGAAGGGAGAGUGUGAUCUGGUCUUGGCUGGCGGUGCAGAAGCAUCAGUCACACGAGCAGGCAUCGCUGGUUUCAUUGGCUGCAAGGCACUCUCAUCACGAAAUGAUGAGCCUGAAAAAGCUUCUCGGCCCUGGGACAAGGGACGCGACGGCUUCGUAAUGGGUGAGGGUGCUGGAGUGCUGUGUUUGGAGUCUUUGGAGCACGCUCAGAAACGAGGAGCGACCAUUUACGCUGAGUACUUGGGAGGUGCCUACACUACGGAUGCAUAUGACAUGACUGCUCCACAUCCAAAGGGUGAUGGUGUGGCACGGUGCAUCAAAACAGCAAUGAAAAAUGCUGGGGUGGAGCCAGAGGAGGUUGGCUACUUGAAUUGCCAUGGUACGUCCACUCCAGCUGGAGACAUGGCGGAGGUCAGGGCGAUUGAGCGAGCCUUCGACCACAAAACUGACAGCCUCAUUGUGAACAGCUCCAAGUCCAUGAUUGGACACUGUUUGGGAGCAGCUGCUGGAGUUGAGGCAGUCGUCACUGUCCAAGCCUUGAAGCAUCGCAAAGUUCAUCCGACCAUCAACCUCGAGGAAAAGGAGGAGGAUUUUAACUUGACGACACCAUCAGAGGCUAUGGAUCUGCCAGAUUUGAAAGUAGCCGCAAGCAACAGCUUUGGUUUCGGAGGUCACAACAGCUGUGUCAUUUUCAGGAGGUGGGAAGAUUGAACUGAAGCUAUCUGAAGCUUCCGGCUUAGAAUCGUUCAAGUGGCAUACAGCGGCAUACACAUUGGAAACAAGGCCAGUUUGCGACACUGCGAGAUUGAACUGAUUGAACUGAGUAGAUACAGGCAAUCACACGGCGGCACACUUCAUGCGCUUUAUUCUCAGGCAUAGAUCCACAGCUGCUAAGGUGUGCGGUGUACUCUGCAGGCAA